UCCGGUCAAACGAUCACCUUUAUAACGGUGAUUAUGGGCGAGAACCCGAUGUACGGGUAUCCGGCGCUGAUGCCCUACUACGACGUGGCCUUUCGCCACGCCCAGCGCAUGUACCCGGCCACCUUCCAGCUGGUGCGGAUGCAGCCCGUCUACGAGCCCAACCUGCUCUUCUGCGCCGACUCGGCCGCCGCCAUGCAGGACACCGUCGGCAGACUGCACAGCAUCGUCGCCAACACGACCGGCAUGUCCAUCAUCUUCACUUCCGGUUGCAAUUUCGAAGUCAUUCCGCUGGCUGAUUUUGCGCGAGAAAUGAACAUCCCCGUCAUCAGCAGCACGGUGUGGGAUCCGACCUUCAUUAGCCGGCAGCGCUUCCCGACCUUCCUUUCCUUCAGCUGCCGCGGCAGUGGCGGCCACACACUGGCCACCAAAUCAUUAUUACAGCGCUACGACUGGCGCAGCAUCACGCUGUUAUGCGACAACCUGUCGCAGAACGCCGCCGUAGCUGGUUUCUACGACUCCCAUUGCAACCACUUCCCGAAAUACCUGGUAGCUAGUGAAGGCUACCAGGUCUACGUGGAACGCUUCGAUUCAGUGAAGGACAGCAAUUACGCGCCGCGGCUGCGGCGCGCGCAACUGCAGAGUCGCGUAAUCAUCCUCCUAACCACUGCCGACCAGAUCCGCCAGAUUAUGUUGACAGCCAGUCGCCUGGAUAUGGUCAACAGCGAAUACAUCUACCUGUACGUCCUGACGCUGGAGGGGGUCGGGCAUAUUCCGCUGGUGGUGGAUAAAGGUCAACCGGACGAUCAAAUCAUCUUCCAAGCGUACCAGCGCAUGAUCGUGUUGACCUUUGAAAUCCCCAACUACCGUUCCGUCGCCGGACUCAUCGACGAAACGGAGGAGCUGGCCAACCGCAGCUACGCGCAUCCCUUCACGCCGGACGAAAACUACAGUGAGCACACACUGACCAUCCCGGAAAUGAUCUUCUCCGUGGCGCAAGUCUUAAACGAGAGCGGCGUCCCGCUGGACCGCCUGACCAACGCUGAGUUCCGCGCGGCCGUCGUCAACCGGGAAUUCCCCAGCACCAUCCGCAAGGUCUUCAUCGGCGCCAACGGGAUGCGCCUGUCCAACACCAUCUUCUCCAAACUCAACACCACCACCCGCAAGUUUCAGCCGGCAUGGAUUUAUGACGCCAUAACGCGCAAUCUCAGCGUCGUCUCCGCCCUGGCCGACCAAUGGCCGGGGUCGGCCACGCCCCCGCGGAAUGAGCCGCGCUGUGGCUACCGCCAAGGCGGCUGCUCCGUGAAGAGCGACUUGCUGCCGUUAAUCGCUGGGUCGGUGUGUGGAGGCGUUGCCGGCUGCCUGAUCAUAGUGGCUGUUGUUCUCGCCAUAAUAAAACGCAAUAAAGCUGGCGAUCGCGACGGUGAAGACUGGUGGCGUCUGGACAGCACCGCGCUGCACAUCAUCGGCGAAAAGGCGCUAACCAGCUGCGACAGCGACGAGCGCUUCGUCCUGGCCACGUACGGCCACGAUAAGGUGCUGGUGCGCUGCGAGAGCGUCGACGUCACCGAAAUGCCGGCUGUUAACGGCGCUCUGCUUAAGCCGCUCAAACAACUGCGGGAAAUGAAAAACGACAAUUUAGCCCACUUUAUCGGCGUCUCCCUGCACCACCACACCCUGCACCUGGUGUGGGAAGGCGGCCGCGGGACGCUGCGGGAUGUGAUGCAGCAGAACGCGGUGCUGUUGGCGGAUGAUGCCGUGCGGAUGCACAUCGUCUUUAACAUCAUUUUGGGAGUGAGAUAUAUCCAUGUAACGAGCAGUAUGGAAGCGCACGGUAGUUUAUCCAGCGCCAGCAUCAUCCUGGACAGCCGGUUCACGGCCAAACUGGCCGGCGCCGGCUCCGGCGCCAUCGUCUUCCGGCUGACCAAGAACCUGACCAAGAGCAAGGCGCUCAACCACUUCUCCAAGCCGGACGACAUCUUCUGCCUGGGAAAGGUCAUCGCCGAGGUCCUAGGCGCCAAGACCACCGAGUUCGGCGAGAUUGCCGACAUCGAGCUGAUCAAGCUGGACAACAAGAUGCUGUCGUGGAUUAUCCGGGACGUCAUCCACGCCUGCGUGUGUCCCAACGCCCUGGAGCGGCCGAGCAUCAAGGCGGUGCUGGAGCAGUUGAAGGGCUUCCAGCCGCGCGACACCAUCGUCGGGACACUGCGGGAGCGACUGCAGCGCCACGCGGAACACCUGGAGGACGUGGUGGCGCGCCGGGGUCUGGAGCUGUUGAUGGAGCGGCGCCGGGUCGACGAGCUCCUUAGCGAAAUCAUUCCCCGGUCGUUCGUGGCGGAGCUUCGCGAAGGCCGCAUCGCCGCGGCGGAAGUGUUCGACGCGGUGACGCUGUUCUUCAGCAGCAUGGUCGGCUUCGACGGGCUGUGUUACCGCUGCACGCCCACGGAAGUCUGCAUCUUCCUCAACGAGCUGUACACCUUCCUCGACCAGCAGAUCGCCGGCUUCGACGUCUACAAAGUGGAGACCAUCAAAGACGGCUACGUCGUGGCUAGCGGCGUGCCGGUACGCAACGGCGACGCGCACGUAAGGGAGAUCGCGGCGAUGAGUGGGCACAUUCUGCGGCACUGCUCCGCCGAGAAUCUGCGGGUGUACCUGCCUAUCCGCAUCGGGAUGCACAGCGGGCCCAUCGCCGCCGGUUUCGUCGGGCUGCGCAUGCCGCGUUACUGCUUAUUCGGGGAUACGAUGAAUACGGCCAGCCGCAUGGAGAGCCACGGCGAAGGUAAUGCUUUGGAGCUCAGUUUUGCGAGAAGAUUUGUUCAUGUUAGAUAUCUGUAG